AUCACACAAUACAAAAGAGUCAAGUAGUACCUCAUUGUCAACUACUUAAUUAAAAAUCUAAUCUCCACCUAAACAUCUGGAUCCAAAUUUAGCUUCUAGAAAGAAAGUCUUAACCUUGAUGAUGAUACAUAUCACACCUUUUUCCCUUUAAAUUUACACAAAUUGCCAUUUUUAUGAGCCCACCAAUUUUCUCCUAUAUAUAAUAACCCAAUGAGACAAAUCGAACACCAUUACGGUGAAAAAGGAAAGCUUCACACAAUGGAGAAAGAAGAUGACAACACCUACACGGCGUCGUUUUGUCCUAGCUUUAGCAGUUACACUGGCGACGGACUCGCUGAAACCGCCGAUCGAGUACGAUCUGAGUUUUCCGAUGAAGAAUAUUCCAACGGCGACGAGUUUGAAUUCGUCAAUGCUUUCUCCGGAGAUCGCGGUUUCGUUUUUCCGAUUUUCAAUCAAAUCCUCGCACCUAAACUCUCCGCCGCGAAAUCGGACGGUGAUAAAAACGAACCGUCGCGUGCGGCGGCGGCGGUUACGACUCAGCUUGGAGAUCUAUUACUCCGCGAUCGCGAAGAUCCGGCGCCGACACUGGUGUAUUCAUCAUCGGAAUCAGACGAAGAGGACGGAAUCACGAGCGAGAGUUAUUGUCCAUGGACGCCGGAGAAAUCACGAAUCGGAGGUUGGAGAAAGAGCAAAUCGACGGGAUCGUCGUCGUCGUCGUCGCGACGGUGGAGAAUUAAGGAUUUGUUGAAGAGAAGUUACAGCGAAGGGAAACAAUCGCUUAAUUUUCUGAAUUCGAAUUCCAAAAACAGAGAAAGAAACAGAGACGAGUCAUCGAAGACGAAGAAAGUUUCUUCUGGGCAUGAGAAGUUUUAUCUGAGGAACAGAGCGAUGAAGGAAGAAGAAAAGAGAAGAACGUAUUUACCAUAUAAGAAAGAUAUCGUUGGGCUUUUCUUCAACAUUCAUCAUCGUUCCGGGAAAACUAUUCCUUGUUCCUUGAUUCCACUAAAGAAAUUUGGUCAAUGAAAACGAAUUUUAUAAUGUGGGUUUUUUUCCACAUCUUUGGGCUCAAUUUUGUUUAUUUAGGAUUCAUUAGUGGGCUUUGGAUUUUAAAAUCCUUCCUACGGUGGUGGGCCUUUCGUAACAUUGGACAGGCUCAUUUGCUUUUUUUUUCCCGUAUUAAU